UCGCGACAUGCAAGACAAGCAAUUGCAAGACGAUCAAGAAAUAGUAGCUUUGUUUUGUAGUUUCGAAAAACCACGCCACAGUUGGUAAUGUUUUGGAAAAUAUCUUUCAGGACAAAUUGUGUCAACUACAAAGAAGUCGAUAUUUUUGCUCAAGAUGGAUCUCGUUCUUCCACAAGAGAAUAUGACAUCUUCUCGUCUUCCAAGAUUACAACAAAGUCUGCGCAUCGUAGGGAGACAGAUUCGAAAACUUCCAUCGAGGAUUCGACGAGCGGCCAGACGGGGCCUGGAACGGGUCCUUGUUCGUCUUGGAAUUAAGCGUCACUCAGAAAGAAAGUUAAAACUAGAGCGAUUCCAGAGCAGCACUGACAAAAUAUUUAACGUAAAACGUCGUGGAAGCCGUGGAGCUGAAGAAUCUUCAGGUUUCAUCAGCGAAGAAGAGUUAGAGGAUGAAGAUUUUCCUCCAGACUACAGCAACACCGAGCUUAAAAUGAAAAUUAGACCGACAGACAGAGGAAAUUUCUUGACUGAAACUGAUGGUCCUAUUGAAAUCGAAAUGAUAGUUUUCAAAUAGAUAUCGAGAAAUAGCGAUUCGUCAGAGGUAUGAAGGUAAAAGAUAUGAAAGGAAACUUUAGACUAAAAUUGUACCCAGAUCCUACCGUGUAACUAACUGAAACCCACAGCUUGGCCGUGGAAGAUCUGAGUACGAGAAUAAAUCAGGACCACACCCAAUGUACCUGCAACAUGUGCUGCUGCUUUGACUACAGAUUUGAUUCCCUAAACAUGUUCCAACUUCUGGAAAUAUUGUGCCUUCUGAUAAGGGG